GAAAACUAAGCAAGGGGAAUUCCGUCAUUCCAUGGAAAGCAUGCGAAAUCCUUUGAUUGUUUAUAGAAUCAAAAUAACUAUAUAGUCUUUCUUGUUCCACUUGCAAGGCAAGGAAAAUAAAAUGUCAGUUUCGUUAUUACAACCUUAUUUUUUUAUGUCAAAGAAAAAAAGCUACGCGCAAAUUCUCAUUGGAUCUCGGUUGUUCUUAACAGCGAUGGCUAUUCAUUUAAGUCUUUGGGUAGCACCACCAGAUCUUCAACAAGGUGGAAAUUCUCGUAUUUUGUAUGUACAUGUUCCUGCGGCUCGGAUGAGUAUAGUUAUUUAUAUCGCGACAGCUAUAAACAGUUCCGUGUUCCCAUUAACAAAACAUCCCCUUUUUCUUCACUCUUCCGGAACCGGUACAGAAAUUGGUGCUUUUUCUACUUUGUUUACGUUAGUGACUGGGGGGUUUUGGGGAAGGCCUAUGUGGGGUACCUUUCGGGUGUGGGAUGCUCGUUUAACUUCUGUAUUCAUCUUGUUCCUUAUUUACCUGGGUGCACUGCAUUUUCAAAAGCUUCCUGUCGAACCGGCUCCUAUUUCAAUCUGUGCUGGACUGAUCGAUAUACCAAUAAUAAAGUCUCGAGUCAACUGGUGGAAUACAUCGCAUCAACCCGGGAGCAUUAGUCGAUCCGGUACAUCAAUACAUGUUCCUAUGACCAUUCCAAUAUUGUCUAACUUUGCUAACUUCCCCUUCUCUAGCCGUAUCUUGUUCGUUCUAGAAACACGUCUUCCUAUUCCAUCUUUUCCCGAAUCUCCCUUAACGGAAGAAAUAGAAGCUCGAGAAGGAAUACCACUAAAAACCUAGUUCGCUCUCAAAUAAAAACCUA